AUGGUGCGGGAGGUGCGCGCGGUGGAGCGGCAGGCGGAGGCCGUGGCCGCGAGGUUGUCGGCCGAGGCGGAGGCGCUGCGCGCGGACGCCCGUGCGCGGAUCGGCCUCGGGGAGGAGCUCAUGCGGCUGCUGCUGCGUCUCGACGGCGUGCACGGCGCCCGGGAGUACCGCAGGAGGGUCACCCGGCGUGUGCUCGCGCUCCAGGACGCCGUUGACGCGCUCGAGGCCAUGUCGGCGGUGGUGACCGCCAAUGCGACGGAAGUUCAGGAUGCAGCGGACGAAGCAGAGGAUGGGAUAGAACCGGAGUUGGAGCUGCCGAUUGAGGACAACACUGCGGCGGAUUCUCUGGAUGCCGAGACAACCGACAUGGCGGCGAUGGAGGUUGACGCGGCGAGUACCGUCGUUGUUGACGAGGACGGCCAGAUUGAGACCGAACUGGUGGCGGAAGUGGAGAAGGCCUCGGAGGCGGAGGGCGAGUGGGAGAUGGUGGCCACGGGGGACGGCGACGUCUCCACUGGCGAGGAGGACCAUGCACCACCCGAGGCACUGCAGCAGCAGCAAGAACCAGCAGGAGAGGAGAAGAAGACGGUGACCACCGGCGGGCUGGACGCGAAGAAACUAAUGGAGAUGGUGGCGGCGCUGUGCGAACGGAGCGCGCAGCAGUGCGCUCUGAUUGGUGCCCUGGCGGAGCGGGUCGACACACUGGAGCGCGCCGUCCGGCGGGUGGAGGAGGCUGACCGGCGCCGCCGGAGGAACAAGAAGACCAACAAGGACGGCAAGAAGAACACAAGUAGCUUCUACAGCGACUAG